UAUGCGUCAACCAUCUGUGAAGAAUUUGAAAAAGGAAAGCGAGGAGGCGAGAGCGGGUGGAAAUGGAGCUUAAAAGCCGGCGGAGACAACGACUGAUCCAGCUUGAAGAAGACUCUCAACCCGGCUCGAAACUCUACCAGCGCCGCCACUCCCGCUCGCCCCAUUACCACGACAGCUUGCACGGCAGCUGCUACUGUUCUCAAGACUACCGGGGCGGUUCUGAAACGCACCCCCGGCUCGGGAUCCCCAGCAGCGGUGGAGACGCCACAGCGAGACGCGGGGAAGAUUCGCGGCGUACUGAGUUUCGGGGGUACCCUCAAACAACUCGGGGUCUGUCUCCUCGAUACGGCGCCACCCUCCAGCGGCGGGAGUUGCCGUCAGGAAGAGCGGGUCGUCCCGGUAUCCUUGCCCGGUUUUGGAGCACGCUGGUGCUGUUCGGGUCGGUUGUAUCUGGAGCGAUGGAUCUGAGAGCCGGUCCUCACGGCCCCCUCGCGCUCCUAUUGGCUGCCCUGCUGAAUGCUCUGCGAGUCCCCGCCCUCAACGUGACUGACUCCGCCUCCCCGGGAGCCUCCAUUCAGAGAACCUACGAGCUGACCAAGUACCUGGAGCACCAGCUGAGAGCCGUGACUGGAGCCUAUCUGAGCUACCUGGGCCCCCCCUUCAACGACCCCGAUUUCAGCGCCCCACGCCCCAACUCCUCUGAGCCCUCUCUGCCCAGCGCCACCACCAGACUGGACCUCUGGAAAGGGAUGGACAAUCUGCAGAGGCUGUCCGAGAACCAGCAAGCCUACAGCCUGCUCCUGGGGUCAGUGAGGGGGCUCGCUGAGGGGACCCUGUGCCCCUCCCUCCAGCGAUCCCUCCAGCACCUGUGCACGGGGCUGCAGGGGCUCCUGAUCAGCAUCGCCGGGGUGAUGAGCGGCCUGGGGUACCCCUUACCCCCCUCCGCUGCCCCCAUGGGGCACCUCAAACCCAGCGUUCUGCUGCCCCGCAAUUUGGGGGACUUCUCCGGUUUUGGGGAAGUGAUCUUAACAGAAAGACCUCUCCUCUUCAGACCUGCCGCCCAGGGAAACCCCGCCCCUUCUUCCUCCUCUUCCCCGUCGGGCCCCGCCCCUUCCAGGACAGGCCCCGCGCGGCCGGCCAGUGAUUUCUCGCGGAAGAUGGCCGAUUUUUGGGUGCUGAAGGAACUGCAGACGUGGCUGUGGCGGUCAGCGAAGGAUUUCAACCGCUUGAAAAAGAGACUGACCGUGCAGAAGAGGCGGAGCUGAGGCGGGGGGCGUGGCUGUUGUAGGGGGGAGUGGCCGUGUAACCACGCCCACCUCGCCGCCCAUUCUAAACUCUGAGAGUUCUCUUACCUAUAGACCUCUAGACAGCUCUGCAGUGCUGAGUGGAGAUCUCUUUCCUAUAGACCUCUAUACAGCUCUGCAGUGUUGAGAGUGGAGCUCUCUUUCCUAUAGACCUCUAUACAGCUCUGCAGUGUUGAGAGUGGAGCUCUCUUUCCUAUAGACCUCUAUACAGCUCUGCAGUGUUGAGAGUGGAGCUCUCUUUCCUAUAGACCUCUAUACAGCUCUGCAGUGUUGAGAGGGGAGCUCUCUUUCCUAUAGACCUCUCUACAGCCCUGCAGUGCUGAGUGGAGAUCUCUUUCCUAUAGACCUCUAUACAGCUCUGCAGUGUUGAGAGUGGAGCUCUCUUUCCUAUAGACCUCUAUACAGCUCUGCAGUGUUGAGUGGAGAUCUCUUUCCUAUAGACCUCUAUACAGCUCUGCAGUGUUGAGAGUGGAGUUCUCUUUCCUAUAGACCUCUAUACAGCUCUGCAGUGUUGAGAGUGGAGCUCUCUUUCCUAUAGACCUCUAUACAGCCCUGCAAUGCUGAGUGGAGCUCUCUUUCCUAUAGACCUCUAUACAGCUCUGCAGUGUUGAGAGGGGAGCUCUCUUUCCUAUAGACCUCUAUACAGCUCUGCAGUGUUGAGAGUGGAGCUCUCUUUCCUAUAGACCUCUCUACAGCUCUGCAAUGCUGAGUGGAGCUCUCUUUCCUAUAGACCUCUAUACAGCUCUGCAGUGUUGAGAGGGGAGCUCUCUUUCCUAUAGACCUCUAUACAGCUCUGCAGUGUUGAGAGUAGAGCUCUCUUUCCUAUAGACCUCUAUACAGCUCUGCAGUGUUGAGAGUGGAGCUCUCUUUCCUAUAGACCUCUAGACAGCCCUGCAGUGUUGAGAGUAGAGCUCUCUUUCCUAUAGACCUCUAGACAGCUCUGCAGUGUUGAGUGGAGCUCUCUUUCCUAUAGACCUCUAUACAGCUCUGCAGUGUUGAGAGUGGAGCUCUCUUUCCUAUAGACCUCUAGACAGCUCUGCAGUGCUGAGUGGAGCUCUCUUUCCUAUAGACCUCUAUACAGCUCUACAGUGUUGAGAGUGGAGCUCUCUUUCCUAUAGACCUCUAGACAGCUCUGCAGUGUUGAGAGUGGAGCUCUCUUUCCUAUAGACCUCUCUACAGCCCUGCAAUGCUGAGUGGAGCUCUCUUUCCUAUAGACCUCUAGACAGCUCUGCAGUGCUGAGUGGAGCUCUCUUUCCUAUAGACCUCUAUACAGCUCUGCAGUGUUGAGAGUGGAGCUCUCUUUCCUAUAGACCUCUCUACAGCUCUGCAAUGCUGAGUGGAGCUCUCUUUCCUAUAGACCUCUCUACAGCCCUGCAAUGCUGAGUGGAGCUCUCUUUCCUAUAGACCUCUCUACAGCCCUGCAAUGCUGAGCUCUCUUCCCUGUAUUAUAAUUAUUAAUAUCAUUCAUUGUUUUCGAUCUCCGCUGUAUUUGUGUAUUAUUUAAUUGAGUGAAUAUGAAGCUGAUGAUAGCGCUGUACUGUACCGUAAGGCUGUAUAACUCAUAAGGCUGGUCCUUCACUAAUAGUGACGUCAUUAUUCGUUUUUUUUUUAAUUAAGAAAACUAUUUUGUUUUCUUCCUUUAUAGAAAACCCCCAAAUUCCAAAGAAAUUGGGAAUUGAUCAAAAUAAAUAACAAUCCAGUUUUUCAAUUACAAUUAAAAUUUAUUAUCAUUUCACAAUUCCAGUUCCAGUUCCAGUCCCUGCGAAUGAAUUGCAGUUGAUAUAAUAAUAAUAAUAAUAAUAAUAAUAAUAAUAAUAAUAAUAAUAAUAAUAACCGUGAUCGUUCAGCUGCUUUCGUUUGAAGCUGAUUUUAAUUGACAGACAGACAGACAGACAGACAGACAGACAGACAGACAGACAGAGCCCCACAAUCCUGUUCAGUUUGACGCUACAAUAUAAUCCCUUCUUCUUGGGGUCUGUGUUAGUUUACUACAUUCUGAAAAGAGUUUAGUUUCAUUAAAGCUGCAGACAGACAGACAGACAGACAGACAGACAGAGCCCCACAAUCCUGUUCAGUUUGACGCUACAAUAUAAUCCCUUCUUCUUGGGGUCUGUGUUAGUUUACUACAUUCUGAAAAGAGUUUAGUUUCAUUAAAGCUGCAGACAGACAGACAGACAGACAGACAGACAGACAGACAGACAGACAGAGCCCCACAAUCCUGUUCAGUUUGACUCUACAAUAUAAUCCCUUCUUCUUGGGGUCUGUGUUAGUUUACUACAUUCUGAAAAGAGUUUAGUUUCAUUAAAGCUGCAGACAGACAGACAGACAGACAGACAGACAGACAGACAGACAGACAGACAGACAGACAGACAGACAGAGCCCCACAAUCCUGUUCAGUUUGACGCUACAAUAUAAUCCCUUCUUCUUGGGGUCUGUGUUAGUUUACUACAUUCUGAAAAGAGUUUAGUUUCAUUAAAGCUGCAGACAGACAGACAGACAGACAGACAGACAGACAGACAGACUGACUCCUCUUCAAUGGAAGUGAUUUGCUGGUGUUUCACAGAACACCCCAUGCAGCGCGAUUGCGAUCGCCCCCGACGACGCUGCUCUGGAAUCGAUUAUAAGGGAACAGGAAUUGUAAAUGGAAAGAGAUUUUAAAAAGGAAUUUGGAAAUGGAACCCAGGACCGGACCGCCCUGACCCUGGCAGAGUCUUUACACCCUCCGCUGCGUGCAAAGGCGCUAUAUAACACUGCCACGUGAACCACGUGUCAGAGCAUUUUACAGCUACUGCUUUUCACACGCUCUGAAUCUGUGCAAAAAAAAACCAAAAAAAAAAUUGGUAAACAUUUUUUUGUGGAUAAUCAUUCAUAAAUAUUUAUUUAUUUCUGUCUUUUAUUUAUUUUACGAAUGUAUUUAUUUUCCUAUUAUUAUUAUUAUUAUUAUUAUUAUUAUUAUUAUUAUUAUUAUUAUUAUUAUUAUUAUGUCUGUUAGUCGGUUUGUGUUUCAUUAACAAUACA